AUGAAGCACGACGCGAAGAAGCGCGCGCUCGAGACGGCCGCCGCGCUCGGGGACGAGCACGACCUCGAGCAGCGCCACGACCAGCACGCGAGCAAAGUCGCGAGAGUCUUCCCGACGAGCGACAACCACGGAGGUCUCGGAUCGACGCCGCCGCGCAACGUCGAUACCGAGGACGAGCUCGAAGGCGCGGACGGCGGCGCGCGGGCCGACGCGCUCGCGCCGGACGACGCGGCGGGGAAGCGAGACGCGGCGAAGAAGGAGGGCAAGCCCACGCGCUACAAGGGCGUGUACAUCGAUCGCAACGUCUCGAACAAGUGGAAAUCGUCCAUUCGCCUGAACCAACGCGAGGUCCACUUGGGGUACUACGAGUCCGAAGAGGAAGCGUCGAGGGCGUACGACCAGGCGUGCAUCUGCGUCAAGGGCGAGACGAAGAACCACCCGAUGGAGACGUACGACCGCGUGCUGAUCGAGGAGCUGACCGCGAUGAACAAGGACGUCGAGCUCUUGCGACGGAAAAUCGGCGUCGGGCACGCGUCUCGGGACUGCUCGUCGAAGCACCGCGGCGUGUGCUUCGAGAAAAAGACGAAGAAGUGGCGCGCGGAGGUGCAGAUCAACGGCAAGAAAGAAUCGUUGGGGUACCACGCCGUGGAGGACGACGCCGUGCGGGCGUACGACAAGGCGUGCAUCGUGUUGAAAGGGGAACGCGCGAAGACGAACCACCCUCUGGAGACGUACGCGGACGAGAUGGAGCAGCUCGGGAAGUGGACGUUCGAGCAGUACCAGGGGACUCUGAAGACGAACGCGCGGAGGCACGCGUCGUGGACGUCCAAGUACCGCGGCGUGAGGCAGCACACACAUAACCAGAAGCAAGGAGGGCAGUCGGUGAAGUGGCGCGCGGAGAUCACGAUCGACGGAAAGAAGAAGUCGCUGGGGUAUCACGACACGGAGGACGCCGCGGCGCGGGCGUACGACGACGCGUUCGUGAUCAUGAAGGGGUGUAGGCGGGAGUUGCUCAACUUCCCGGAUCGCUCGAUGAUCGACGUCGUCGGCGGCGCCGCGGGCGGCGCGGAGGGCGCGGAGGGCGGCGGGGCGGACCACGCGUCGUUGACCGCCGCGGGCAGAGCGUUCGGGGCGGUCGGGGCGACGACGAAGUCCGUCGGCGGCGUCAAGGGUAAGAAAGUAGCGGCCGCGGCGGCGCAAAAGGCGCAGGAGGGCGCGGUGCAGCCGGGGAACUUCAUCGCGUCGCUGGAGGACCCUUGA